AUGCUUGGCAUUGGUGGCAAGCUGGUCGGCAUAGUUGGCAGGCUUGGAAGCGGCGGCAAAGUAGUCUUGGGCAACGUUGGUUGGGUGGCAGGAAGCGUCGGCAGUGUGGGCUGGGGCAGGGUCGUCGGGAUGGCGGGCAUGGGUGGCAUGGCGACCUUAGGCAAUGUUGGCAUGGUGGGCAUGGGUGGCAUGGUGACCUUAGGCAAUGUGGGCAUGGCGGGCAAUGGAGGUAGCGACCCUGGUUUCGGUAAAGUUGGUAUGGUGGGAAGAGUCGGUAUGGAUGGCAUGGUUGCUUGUAGCAGAUGA